GUCUUUCAAAACGUCGGUAAAUGCCCUAUUAAAAUGGCAGACGAACCAGAUAAUGAUGACCAAUGGCUAUACGGCGACAAUCCGGAUGGAAAAUUGCCCGAACCGGAGACGGAACCUAGAAAAAGUCCCGAGCAACCGUCCGCCGAAGAGCCGCCUCAGGAAAAUGAGGCGCCAACAGAGCAAUCCCAAGAUGAGGGACCUCCUGGAGUUGAAGAGGAGGAUAAACCCGAAGAAAAGGAGGAUGGCGAAGAAGACGGCGAAGUGAAACAGAACGGAGACGGCAGCGAUAAGGAUGACGACGAGGACGACAGUGACGAUGAUGUCAAUGUUGUUAUUGGUGAUAUUAAGUCGUCCGCACCGUACACGGCCCCCGUAAAUAUCAAAAGGGGCGGCUUAAUAUCCUCCGCCCCGUUAGACAAGACUAAACAAAUACCACAACAAACUGGCAAGUUCAGUGUAGAGGAAUUUGAGCAGAUUGGCACAAUUAACGGUGUGCCAGCAAAUGAAUACAAUUUAGACUCACUAGAGGAUAAACCUUGGAGAAAGCCUGGUGCUGAUAUCACAGAUUAUUUUAAUUAUGGUUUUAAUGAGGACACUUGGAAGGCUUACUGUGAAAGGCAAAAGAGGAUCAGAGUUAAUGAGAGUGGCACUGGUUUGGCACCAAUGAAUUCAAUUGGUUUGCCCAGGGGGCCUAUUCCUAUUAUGAAUGAUAACAGCAAAUAUUCUGGGAACUAUUUGGCGGGACCCCCACCAAGGUCAGUUCCACCCCCAUUAGGAAAACCAGACCAACAAAAGAUCAGCACCAUCCAAGUCAUGACAGCAGAUCGAAGGGAGUACAGCAGAAAGCCUGGCUUCGCGGACAUGUCGGUGCCGCCCCCGAAUUUCGAGGAAUUCCAACAGGAAUACGGGUUCAAUCCUGAGCCGGAGCCGUUUUAUGGUGGUUACGAACCCACGCAGGACUCACAAUGGGUUGUAGGGGCUCCGCCGAUGGGACCGCCGCCUCACAUGAUGGGGCCACCUAUGAUGCCGAUGCAUUCGCCCGACAGACGGGGUCGGGAAAGUCCGACGCGGCGCGAGAGUCGCGAUAGGGAUAGGGAGAGCAGUAGGAGUCGCUCAGAGAAACCAAGGGAGCGGGGCGAAAGGGAACGAUCCCACAGGAGGGAGAGGUCUAGGAGUAAAUCCAGGAGGCAUAGGUCUAGAUCUAGGAGUCCAAGUCACAGGUCACAUAGGAAAAAGAAGUCCAGGAGGCAUGAGGAUAGUGAAUAAUUGUAGAAAUAUUGGUGAAUUUUUGAGUUUUCAAAAAACUACAUUUGUUUUUAUUUUUAAUAGUUUUGUAUUCAAUUAAUUUAGUUAGUGAUAUUUAUGUUAUACAAGGAAUUUAAAUUAUUUAGAAUUAGUUAUAUUUUUUGAACAAUUUGAUGUAUUGUAAAUAUUACAUUGAAUCUGUAAAUUUAUGUAGUUGUAAGAUGAAAAAUAAUUUGCUGAGAAGUUCUCUUUAUGUAAUAUAAAGUGAUCAA